AUGUUCAAGAAAGCCCUCCCAAGCAGUCCCAGUGCCGUGCGCAAUGUCCGCAACGCCGGAGCAGCAUUCAUAGCGAUGGGCUCCUCGGCGGCGCUGUUCUUCCACUACGUGAUCACCUACGCUCCCUGCGACGGCCCAUCUAUGUAUCCCACGAUCGCCAGCGGGCUCUCCUACACGAUCUACUCCCCCCGCCACCGACGCGGCCGCAACAUCAAAGUCGGCGACGUGAUAUUGUUCGACAAUCCCAUCUUCCUGCAGCAGGGUGCGUUGAAGCGCGUCAUCGGCAUGCCCGGCGACUACGUCGUGCAUGAUCCGACGCAGAGCCCGACCGUCGGCGGCGCGCCCGUGCUGGGCAUCACGGAUGCAGAGGACAGUACUGCGGCGGUGCACCGCCGUGAGGAACCCGUUAUGGUCCAAGUCCCUGAAGGCCAUGUUUGGUGCGCCGGUGAUAGUCUCUCGUACAGUCGGGACUCGAGGUUCUAUGGCCCUGUGCCCAUGGCGCUGAUCAAGGGCAAGGCUCUCUACAAUGGAGAUGGGUGGUUCAAUUGGACGUCGCUGAGGACACCACAGUUGGUGCCGCCCGUGAAGUAUGAUACAGGACCUGAUUGA